AUGUUAUAAACUAAGCUUUUUUAAAAAUAUGAUGCACCUAUUCCAUAGGAUAAUAUCCUAUUCAAAACAUAAUUUUUCAAGAUGAGUAAUCAUAAAGAAGUCACUCUACUUUUAUGCAGUGAUGAUUUCAUAUACAAAAUUAGUAAUAAGAAAACUAAAGUAUACAUACUUAAACUCAAUUGCGAAGUGAGAUUCUCAGUUAAAGCUGAAUAAACUUCAAAAUAAAUACAUAAACAAAUGAAAGGUGAUGAAUUUCAUACAUAAAUAUACAAAUUUACUCUUGAAAGGGAUGAUUGUGAUUCUGUUGAAUUUUACAACUUCAAUUUCUAAACUAUGUAUUGGUUUGAUCACCUAAGAAACAAAUUACACAUGUUAGAUUAUUAAGUACAUUAUGAAAUAAACAAAUUAAUUGGUAAAGGAUCAUUUGCAUCUGUCUAUGAAGCCAAAGGAAAAAAUGAUUAAUAAUUUUAUGCUGCCAAAGCAUUUUAUAAAAAACAAGUGUUUUAAGAUCUAAAAGGAAGGGAUUAAGUAGAAAAUGAAAUUAGUGUGAUGCGUAAACUCAACCAUCCAAAUUUGAUCAAUUUAAUUGAAGUCUUUGAAAAUAAAGCACAAAUCUAUUUAAUUUUGGAUUUGGCAAGAGGAGGCACACUUGAAUAUGCUUUAAAAGUCUUUAAUGCCCCAGUUCCAUUUUUAAGUACAAAAGUGAUAUUUAGAUAAAUCCUUGAGGGUGUACAAUAUAUUCAUGAUUAGGGUAUAAUUCAUAGAGAUUUAAAACCAGAUAAUAUUUUGUUUAGAGAUUUUAUUCCUCUUAAAAGGUAUGGACUCAUUAAUGUGAGUAAUAAUAUUAUGAUCAGUGAUUUUGGAAUUGCCACUCCUAAAUAAUAAAAAAUGGCUGUAUAUUAAUAUUGUGGUACUCCAGGUUAUAUGGCACCUGAAGUAUUUUUAACAGAAAAUGAUAAUAAUGCAACUUAUGAUGAGAAAUGUGAUGUCUUUUCUUUAGGUUGUAUUCUCUAUUAUUUACUUAUUGGUCAUCCUCUUUUUGGAUAACCAGUUAAACAGACAAAUAUGGAAAUGAAGAUUGAUUAUCUUCAAAUAGAAAAAGAUCUUAAUUAAAGUCAUUCAUUAACUUUACUCUUACAAAAGAUGUUAUCACCGAAUCCAUAAGACAGACCAUCUUGUAGAGAAAUACUUGAAUCUAAAAUAAUGGAAGUAGAGUAUGGAGAAGAUGGAAUACCUUUGUUUAGAGAUUUUUAGAGACCUAAAAGUAGUCCACCUAAAAGAAUGUAGCCAUUACAUCCAGAAAUUGAUAGAUCGUAAUAUUAUAUAAUAAUUUUAGUAAGAGAUAGAGUGUGUUAAAUCCAAAGAUGAUUAAAUUGAUGCCAAUUCUUGAAGAGAAAUAAGAAUUACGAAACUCUGGAAAGGAUAAAACUACAAUUGUCACUAAAUCAAGAAAUUCUCAUUUUGAUGAUGAGAGAACUCCAGCAUAAAGAGUAGCUGCAGCUAGAAGAUCUUCUGCUUAUGUUCCAUCUAGUAAUUAGAAUAGCAGGAAAUGA